CGCAGCCCCAGGCCCACACUGAAAGUAUGUCGAUCCAGGAGAACAUACCAUCCCUGCAGCGCUGGUCAUGGGUCUCUAAGUCCCAAAGAGACUUAGCGAAGUCCAUCCUGAUUGGGGCUCCAGGAGCCCAGCUGGGUCUCAUGCCUCUGACAACCCAACAGUGUGGAGCAGACCCACAAAGAGGGAGACCCAGAGAGGUGUGCAGUGGCAUGGAAGGGCCAGCGGGGUAUCUUCGGCGGGCUAGUGUGGCCCAACUGACCCAGGAGCUGGGCACUGCCUUCUUCCAGCAGCAGCAGCUGCCAGCUGCUAUGGCAGACACCUUCCUGGAGCACCUCUGCCUACUGGACAUUGACUCUGAGCCCGUGGCUGCUCGCAGUACCAGCAUCAUUGCCACCAUCGGGCCGGCAUCUCGCUCCGUGGAGCGCCUCAAGGAGAUGAUCAAGGCCGGGAUGAACAUUGCGCGACUCAAUUUCUCCCACGGCUCCCACGAGUACCACGCUGAGUCCAUCGCCAACGUCCGGGAGGCGGUGGAGAGCUUUGCAGCUUCCCCGCUCAGCUACCGGCCCGUGGCCAUCGCCCUGGACACCAAGGGACCGGAGAUCCGCACUGGGAUCCUGCAGGGGGGUCCGGAGUCGGAAGUGGAGCUGGUGAAGGGCUCCCAGGUGCUGGUGACUGUGGACCCCGCGUUUCGGACGCGGGGGAACGCGAACACCGUGUGGGUGGACUACCCCAAUAUUGUCGGGGUCGUGCCGGUGGGGGGCCGCAUCUACAUUGACGACGGGCUCAUCUCCCUAGUGGUCCAGAAAAUCGGCCCAGAGGGACUGGUGACCCAAGUGGAGAACGGUGGCGUCCUGGGCAGCCGUAAGGGCGUGAACUUGCCGGGGGCCCAGGUGGACUUGCCCGGGCUGUCCGAGCAGGACGUCCGGGACCUGCGCUUCGGGGUGGAGCAUGGAGUGGACAUCGUGUUUGCCUCCUUUGUGCGGAAAGCCAGCGAUGUGGCUGCUGUCAGGGCUGCACUGGGGCCGGAAGGACAGGGCAUCAAGAUCAUCAGCAAAAUUGAGAACCACGAAGGCGUGAAGAGGUUUGAUGAAAUCCUGGAGGUGAGCGACGGCAUCAUGGUGGCACGGGGGGACCUAGGCAUCGAGAUUCCAGCAGAGAAGGUUUUCCUGGCUCAGAAGAUGAUGAUUGGGCGCUGCAACUUGGCGGGCAAGCCUGUUGUCUGUGCCACACAGAUGCUGGAGAGCAUGAUUACCAAGCCCCGGCCAACGAGGGCAGAGACAAGCGAUGUGGCCAAUGCUGUGCUAGAUGGGGCUGACUGCAUCAUGCUGUCAGGGGAGACUGCCAAAGGCAACUUCCCUGUGGAAGCCGUGAAGAUGCAGCAUGCGAUUGCCCGGGAGGCAGAGGCUGCAGUGUACCACCGGCAGCUGUUUGAGGAGCUACGUCGGGCAGCGCCACUGAGCCGUGAUCCCACUGAGGUCAUCGCCAUUGGCGCCGUGGAGGCUGCCUUCAAGUGCUGUGCUGCUGCCAUCAUCGUACUGACCACAACUGGCCGCUCAGCUCAGCUUCUGUCUCAGUACCGACCUCGGGCAGCAGUCAUUGCUGUCACCCGCUCUGCCCAAGCUGCCCGCCAGGUCCACUUAUGCCGAGGAGUCUUCCCCUUGCUUUACCGUGAACCUCCAGAAGCCAUCUGGGCAGAUGACGUAGAUCGCCGGGUGCAAUUUGGCAUUGAAAGUGGAAAGCUCCGUGGCUUCCUCCGUGUUGGAGACCUGGUGAUUGUGGUGACAGGCUGGCGACCUGGCUCCGGCUACACCAACAUCAUGCGGGUGCUGAGCAUAUCCUGAGACGCCCCUCCCUCCUCUGGCCCAGCCUACCCCUGUAUCCCAUCCCUUCCUCCCCAGUCUACGUCCUCCAGCCCACAUCCCUCCAAAGCCCCACCUUUAAGUCCUCUCUUCUCUAUUCCUGAACCUCCCUACCUGAGACCUAUCUGAGACUGUAUCUGCCAUCUAGCCCCAUUCGAGGUUGCCCCUUCCCCAUCUCCAUUUCACACAGGUCCUGAAAGUCUGUGUCCAAUUAUGCACUGGCCACCCGACAGCACCAACUGUACAUUCCCUGCAUCCAAUCCACUCAGCAGGCCCUAAGAUGCCUUGAGCCUUUAAUCCCAGUUUGGCUGGUUAAUUCCAUAACCCCAGACAUCUCAUCCCUUGGGGUCGGGGAGAAGGGAGACAGGGCAAUCUUGUCCACAAUCUCCCAUUCUCAUAUGUGGCCCUCAUGAUAAUCUGGGCAUCUCAUGCCAGGGCAGGCUACCCUUUCAUGGUGACUAACAGUGACAUGAUAGUCCACGAUUUGGGGAAAACUGGGUGGGAUGGAUGCUGGGGAGAAGGGAGGGCUGGGCAGCUGAUUUUGUCACUGUCUUCACAACCUCUGUGCUGGGCUUAUAGACCACUGUCCUGGCUGCUCUCAUGCCCGCCUGAUACCUUGCUUGGUCAAAUCCCCGGCUGCUUCCUUCUGCACCCAGAAAUUCCUUCCCACUCACUUUGUUCCCACACACAAACCAAGAGCCAAAAAUGAGUGUGUCUAUUUUAUAUUUAAACCCAGCUGUUUGGAAGCAAUUAUAAAACUUCUCCCACACACCAACAACCCCAGAACUCCCCACCCAGAAGGAAAGGAGACUUGGGGUCCUGGCCCCACAGUCUCUAAUGCUGUAGAGUAGCAGAGGGGACAGACAGAGUGAGUGAGUGUGGUAAAGGACUACUCUUGUCCCUGAGAAGGCAGAGGUGCUGGCUGGCCUGCCCUUCCCUAGGCUUGGAUACCUUGGGCCUUUCCCUUACUCCUGCACCAACAGCAAACUCAGAAGGAAAAAAACAAAACAAAACUCUAAAGGUAAACACAGUCCUUCUCCCUCUCUCAUGUGGCUCCUCCUGCCCCUACCUGGGAGAAGGUUCAAGUAUUGUGCUGAUGGGUUUGGGAAAGGACCACAGAGGCUGGCAUGGAGAGGCCCUGCCUCCUCCUAGUCCUCCUGUCUCCUUAUCUGAAAAGGAGGGGAGGGAUGGAUAAAGGAAUGGGUAAACAAAAUGAAUUGGUAACACAUAAAAUUAGUAAAUGAAUAAAUACAAUUAAAUAAAUGAAUAAAUAAAUAAACAAGCAAAGAAAAAAAUAUCUCACAAGGAUUCAGCCAUUUGCCCCUCCACCAGCGGGGAUCUAGGCUGGCAUAUUAAUAAGGAGGUGCCAACUACUCCUUAACUUUUAGGGGGGCAUGACUGGGGCAGAGGGUACAGGGGAGAGGCAUCUCCCGGUUUACAAAAAGACGGUCUACCACAGGACAGAGACUGCAGGGAACUUAGAAGUGUGUUCCCACUCAGGGGGUAGACACGGAGUGUCCACAGGUGGCAGUGAGUGGGUAAAGGUGGAUACCCACACUCAGGACUCAAGACAUCUGCUGGCAGUAAUGGGGGCGCAGGUGAUUGGCAGUGCCUGGCUAUGCUACAGGAACAGGAAGAUAACCAGGCCAGGCAGAACCUGCAGGAUCAUCGGCAGGGAAACAGAGACAUCUAGCUACUUGGCAGUGAUGGCGGUGGCAAGUACUUGUGCUUAGUAAAGGUGGGGUCAUGGGCCUGGGCCUGCACCUGGCAGGACCAUAGCCAGGGGAAUAUUCUUGUCAGAGGGUUUUGAGUCACUUCUACUUGGCAGUGGAGACAUACAGCGCCUGGCAUAUUACCUUGAACAUGGUAGCUGCUCAGUACACAUGAUGAAUGGGUGAAUGGAUUAUGAUGGGACAAGCUACAGGAUUCUUGAGCUGAGACCGUCUUCAUGGCAGUAUGGGGAAUGUCCGCACAGGGUCGACAUUUCCAUGGGGCAAUGUUUCAGGUCCCCACGGCCUUCCCUAAGAGGCAUCUGCCCUAGGGUACAUACUACUGCACCCCAAGAACUAAGGCUGGAUGU